AUGGCACACGUGGUCCCAGUUGCAAAGGCGAGUGUGGUUCUGACGUUGAGCACAUGCCAGCACCCUGCAUCGGCACAUGCUUUCUCCGUACCCAUUGAUGAGAACAUGCUGGCACACGCAGCAGCGCAGACUCUGCAGCGGGCCAGUGAGAAAUUGGGCUUCCGCCCCGAGGACGUCCUGGACUUGACAACCUCUCUGCACGAUCCACUGCCCCAGGAAAUGCCUAGUUUGUGUGUUGGGGAGCGCUGUUGUUGUGGAAAAGUAGAGACGCGCCGAGAUCAGAUUGCCGAAGCGAUACAGGAUCUUUUCGAAGAUGCUAGAAGGCAAUUACAAGCAUCGGGGCUGAGACCGCGAGUCGUGGGUGUGCUGCACGUUGCGCCCAGAGCUGAAGUCGUUGCAGCUGCUGCGCCUCGGAGCACGGCGGAAAGCGAAGCCUUGGUUGCGCCCGCCAGGCAAUGCUGGCAACCUCAGCAAUCCAUGGACAAGCAUGAACUGCAGCUUCGCAAGAAGUCUCCUAGAAGCCUACGCCAAGAUGCGCAGUCCUUAUGGACCGCACUGGAGAAGUCCAAGGUGUACAUUCCCCCAGUACCAGAUACACCGGCCUCUUAUGACCGAUUUCACUUAGAGCGACACGGGCAUGGAAGAGGCAACACGAAGAGUACCAAGAAGAGGAGAAAGCGAGAGGAUCGCGAAACUCUCUGCGUGGCUCUCAGGGAAGCUGCACUACCACGUCGCCUAAUCCUUCACCUCGAGCAGAUUGCGCUUGAACACGGCGUGAGAAGAUCUCCCGAAGAGCGCGAAGCUUCGGAUGGCUCCCUGGAGAAUUCAAGCAGUGACUCCGAGGACUCCGGCAGUUGA